GCUUUGGCUCCACACCAAACAAAAACUAACCCAAAAGAAAGGGGAAAGAAAUUAAGUUUACUUUCAGUUUUGUGAUCUUCCGACAUGGGGUUUCAAGAUUCACACAGGAGUUCAAAGCCUGUAAUGAUAAGGGAAGUUUGGUCGGAUAACUUGGAAUCGGAGUUCGAGUUGAUCAGUCAGGUAAUUGAUGAGUACCCUUUCAUUUCUAUGGACACCGAAUUUCCGGGUCUUGUUAUCAAACCGAAAGUGGACCCCUCUAGGCCUUACCACAGCCAACUCCAGCCGUCUGACCAUUACAAGUUCCUCAAAUCCAACGUUGAUGCUUUGAACUUGAUCCAGGUGGGCCUCACCCUCUCUGAUUCUUCAGGUAAUCUGCCUAACCUCGGAACCGACACUCAGUUCAUCUGGGAAUUCAAUUUCAGCGACUUCGAUGUGGAGCGUGACGCUCACGCCCCUGAUUCGAUCGAGCUUUUGAGACGGCAAGGGAUCGAUUUUGAGAAGAACAGGGAAAAGGGGAUUGACUCGGUACGGUUCGCUGAGUUGAUGAUGUCGUCUGGCCUCGUGUGUAAUGAUUCAGUGAGCUGGGUGACUUUUCACAGCGCACAUGAUUUCGGGUACCUGGUUAAGAUCCUGACGCGCCGGGAAUUGCCCGGGGACCUCGAUGAGUUUUUGAGGAUUCUCAGGGUGUUUUUCGGAAACAGAGUUUAUGACGUGAAGCACAUGAUGAGAUUUUGCAAGAGCUUGUACGGUGGGUUGGACCGGGUGGCUCGGACCCUGGAUGUGAACCGGGCGGUUGGGAAAUGUCACCAAGCGGGGUCCGAUUCCUUGCUGACGUGGCAUGCGUUUCAGAAAAUGAGGGACGUGUAUUUUGUGAAGGAUGGACCGGAAAAGCAUGCCGGUGUAUUGUAUGGAUUAGAAGUGUAUUAAAUUUUGUUCAUUAAAUUGUAGAAUUAUUCAACUAUAAUUCUAUUUAAUUCAUUGAUUAAGUUGAAAACUUUGUAAACUAGUCUUAAUAUUUUCUUCA